CCAGUGAGCAUUGACCACCUAUAUAUGAUCUCCUCUCUCCCGUAUCUCUCUCUCUCUCUCUCUCUCUCUCUCUCUCUCUCUCUCACAUCAAGAGAGACCCACCACACUAACACCCACACGGCACACCAACACUAGUUUCUCUCCCGCCAUUCGGCAAGAUGGGCAUGGAUAAAUCCUACGCUUCACCGAGCUCCAGCGACCUUGCCGGGCUUCCCAGAACUUACAGUAAUCGUCCAGUCAAAGUCAUACCACUUCAACACCCCCAAACGACGUCGUCUCCUGCUUUCUCCAUUACGACGUCGUCUUCCUCAGCUUUCGCUCGUUGGAGGUCCAAGAUGAAAGCCAUGACUACUACUGAAUGGAUCUCAUUGUUCCUCCCUUGUUAUCGUUGGCUUCGAUCAUACAAUUUUCAUGAUUAUCUUCAGUGUGAUGUCAUGGCUGGUAUCACCGUCGGUGUUAUGCUCGUUCCUCAGGCAAUGUCGUAUGCGAAGCUGGCUGGGCUUGCACCAAUCUAUGGACUCUAUUCUGGUUGUCUGCCUGUAUUUAUAUAUGCAAUAUUUGGUUCCUCAAGGCAGCUUGCAGUUGGUCCAGUAGCAUUGACAUCUCUACUGGUCUCUAAUGUGUUAACUAAGAUUGUUAGUCCAUCUGAUAAGCUGUACACAGAACUUGCAAUCACGUUGUCACUUAUGGUUGGCGUAUUGGAGUGCUUAAUGGGAAUCUUGAGGCUUGGAUGGAUUAUUCGAUUUAUCAGUCAUGCUGUAAUUUCUGGCUUCACCACUGCAUCAGCCAUAGUGAUUGCCUUGUCUCAAGCAAAAUACUUUCUGGGGUAUGAUAUCGUUCGAAGCAGCGAAAUUAUUCCCCUUGCAAAGAGUAUUAUAUCUGGGUUUGAUAAGUUUUCAUGGCCACCAUUUGUGUUGGGGUCUUUGAUACUUGCUGUUAUGUUGACAAUGAAGCACCUGGGGAAAACGAGAAAGUACCUGAGAUUUGUCAGAGCAGCAGGUCCGUUGACAGGAGUUGUGCUGGGAACUGUUAUCGUCAAACUAUUUCAUCCUUCUGCCAUCAGUGUGGUUGGGGAGAUACCUCAGGGGCUCCCAGAGUUUGCGGUGCCUAAAGCCUUUGCUUAUGUCAAGUCCUUGAUCCCAACAGCAUUUCUCAUAACUGGUGUUGCCAUAUUGGAAUCUGUGGGAAUCGCGAAGGCACUGGCAGCAAAGAAUGGCUAUGACUUAGAUUCAAAUCAAGAGCUUUUUGGUCUUGGUGUAGCCAACAUUGCCGGAUCAUUCUUUUCUUCAUAUCCUAGUACAGGAUCAUUUUCUAGAUCUGCGGUAAAUCAUGAAAGUGGAGCAAAAACUGGCUUUGCUGGGAUACUGACUGGAAUUAUCAUGAGUUGUGCUCUCCUGUUUCUAACUCCGUUAUUUGAAGCCAUACCUCAGUGUGCACUGGCUGCUAUUGUGAUAUCUGCUGUGAUGGGUCUGGUGGAUUAUGAGGAGGCUAUGCUACUAUGGCGCAUAGAUAAGAAAGACUUUUUCCUUUGGACAAUCACUUUUGCUUCGACGUUGUUCCUUGGUAUUGAGAUUGGUGUUCUAGUUGGGGUUGGAUUUUCCCUUGCUUUUGUAGUCCAUGAAUCUGCUAAUCCACAUAUUGCUGUAUUGGGUCGUCUUCCUGGUACAACAAUUUAUAGGAAUGUUCAACAAUAUCCAGAAGCAUAUACAUACCAUGGAAUAGUGCUUGUUCGUGUUGAUGCGCCAAUAUAUUUUGCAAACACUAGCUACAUUAAAGAUAGGCUGCGCGAAUAUGAAUCCAAUCCUGAUCAAUCUAUACGACGUGGGCCAGAAGUCGAACAAAUUUAUUUUGUAAUUCUUGAGCUUUCACCUGUGACAUAUAUUGAUUCAAGUGCCGUCCAAGCUUUAAGAGACUUGUAUAAUGAGUACAAAUCUCGUGGCAUCCAGAUUGUAAUUUCGAACCCUAAUCAAGAAGUUCUCAUGACCUUAACGAGAGCUGGCCUCGUUGAAUUGAUUGGGAAGGAAUGGUACUUUGUGAGAGUACAUGAUGCUGUUCAAGUGUGCUUUCAGCAUGUGCAGGAAAACGAAAUGCCGAAAACCCUAGAUUCCUUCAAUGAUAGCAAGCGAAAUCUCAUCCAAAGACUUGGUCAAAGGAAGGACAAUAUACCAACUGUGGAUUUGGAAUCUGGUAAUCAAACUUCAUUGGUUUCAAGCAGUUCUGAUCACCAGUUACAGGAGCCACUCUUGCCUGGGGGAUCUUAACGCGACAUACCGUGCUUUGAUGUCCAACAUUAUUUGAUGCUAUUCUUUAAAAGAAUUCUGCUGUACAUAUCAUUUUUGCUGCUGUACCUCAGAACAUGAUCUGUAUUUUUGUAAUUAGCUCUUUGUUGUAACUGUUGUGAGGUGAUUUUUUUUGUAAGAUCACUUGAAAUUGGAUGUAUGGCGACACUGUUAUAUAUGGUGUACAGUAGCCCACUUUUGCCUUACGCAGCCCUUUUGGGAAAGUCAAUAAGAAUUUGAAACGAGUUUGUUGUGUAAA